AUGGAGUGCGUAGAGUCUUUUUGUGGCAUUGCAAGGUGUCUUGGACCUCCUGUUUGUAACUACUUCAAAUAUCACAGAAAGCUGAAUGAUUAUGUGAGAAACUUUAAGAGGAUCAGAGAUGAAUUGAAUUGCAAAAUGGAAGAUAUAAAGCUGCAAUUGAAAGCAGAGCUUCGUCGUCCUCUGGGGAAGAUAGCGAAGAAGGGAGUUGAAAAUUGGUUGAAAGAUGUGAAAGAGAUGAUUAGUAAAGCCCAAGUUGUUGAAAACAAAGUCAGUAACGAGAGAUAUUUCUAUCGUGCUUGCAACGGGAAACUGGUUGAUGAAAAGACUCGAGAAAUGAAGGAACUUCUUGAUAAAGCUCCUAAUGCCUCCGAAGGUCUUGUCGUUGAUGGUCCAAGUCGUAGAUUGCUACUGUCAACAUCAGAACUAGUUGGACAGGAAGCUGUCAGAAAUAAGAUUUGGGCAUGUUUGAUGCAGGAAGAGGUGAGCAAGAUUGGGGUUUGGGGGAUGGGCGGUGUGGGUAAAAUCGCUAUCAUGAAGCACAUCCACAAUGAACUUUUGGAAGAACAAAGAUUCGAAAGGGUAAUCUGGGUUACCAUAUCAAAGGAGUUUAAUGUAAUGAAGGUACAAGAUGAUAUUGCAAGUGCGUUGGGGUUGAAGGAAUAUUUAGACAAAGAAGAAGACAAGCUCAGACGAGCAGCAAUCUUGUCAGAAAUGCUGAAGAGAGCAGGAAAACAUGUUCUAAUCCUAGAUGAUGUGUGGUAUGAAUUCCCUCUAGAGGAAGUUGGGAUCUGUUGA